AAAAUUUUUAAAAACUCCAAAAAUCGUUCAUUUCUCCAAAAAGGACUUGAUUUUCGCUGAAGUAAGAAAAUGUUUGAUUACUUGAUUGUCAUUGGAAUUCUCGUGUCCUCUGUUCUACUAUGCGGCAAAAAGAAAAAGCAGAAGACUGAUGCACCAUCAGCAGCUGAAAAAUCGGUAGACGCCUCACCGAAAUCCAAGUCACUUAUGGUAGUGGCAGCGGAGCCCGUUGACCAGGAAUUUCGAUUUGCGGAAAAUCAGACUGAAACUACUCAGAAGGAUAGUGAAGAGAUGGGAGAAGUUGAAGAGAAGAAAAACAAGAAAAAGGAAGAGAAUAAGAAGGCUGUUGAGAAAGUGGAAACUGUUGAGCCAAAGGAGGAGAAAAUUGAAAAGAAGCUGGAAAAAAUGGAUUCGAAAAAAGAGAAAAAGGAGGAAAAAGUGGAGCCAAAGAAGGAAGAACAAAAGGAGGAAAAGAAGGAAGAAAAGGUGGGUAAUGUGGAGUCGGAGUCAAGAAAGAUCCCAGAUACCAACACCGGAAAGUCUCAUGUCUCCGCGUAUCCCCCUGGUCAAUUACUCUUUACACCCGAUGAGUGUCAGGAAAAGCUCACGAUCACCAAUACUCAUGAUAAGAAGAUUAUGUACAAGUUGAAGCUUUCUGAUAAUAUUGCAUUCCAAUUGAAUCCAGUGUUUGGAGUCCUUGAACCAGGAAAAUCCGUUGACGUGGCAGUGACACAUAGAAAAUCUGAGCCGAUGGAGGGCAAAUUGAUUAUUGUCAACUCAUUGCUUACUGGGGACGAGGACAAGGUGAAAGAGUUGUUCAAGCAAAUUACGAAGCCAACUGGAGAUUCGGUUCAUGUGAAAUUGAUUGUCAAGUGAUAUCGGAUGAUUUUAAAUUUCGGACAUAAAGUUUUUUGCCACA